AUGGGAAGUCACCACGUAGAGAGAGAAAAAGGGCCAUAUGUGCAGGGGCGUGUGGAGGACUCGUGCCUCAUCCGAAUCUUGUACGCUGAAAAGAAAGCAGAUGUUGCAAAGCUUGUGGAGAAAGGAGUGUAUAAAGACACAGACAAGUUGUUUCCAUUCCCAUCUGCCAGUGAUAUAAUCACCGUCCAACGCGCAAUGGCCUCAAUCAGAUACAUAAGCUACAGCCUACCUGCAGCAAUUGCCGCAAAAAUUAUAAUGUGCCUCCAAAUACGCCCGUCAAAUGUCGAAGUUGCAAAGAAGAUACCCUUGUUGAAGCAAGGGUGUGGAUUUGACUGCCCAGAUUACAGCAACAAUGAAUGA